UGGCUAGUCUUGUACAAGAAAUGGAAAACUAUUUUUCAAAAAUUAUCGUUAAAAGAUUGUAAGAUGGAAGGGAUGGAGUCACACCAGGCGCCAUAUACAUACAAUCAAGGGAGUGUCUACAGAGAAAAGAGUGGUGCUCAAAUCCUGAAGCAAAUAUCCCUGAGGCUUUCACAUUUAUUACUGCGAAUUAGUUCAGCCGACAGCAUGUGGGAAAAGAGGUGUGUGUGGAUAGGCGGCCAACACCUUAGAGACCUCUCCCGGUCGAGAAGUCGUGACAGCAAAAUCACUUCCUGAGGAAGGAGGAGCAAAAGGGAAGUUAAGAGGCCACCCUGACCAGGAAGUGACUCGCCCUAAGCUAGCCCCAAUCAUAGCUAAAGAUGGGGGGAUGGGGUGAGCCCCAGCAGCUAAAGGCGGUAAAAUAACUGCUUCCUGAUACAUCGCGACAUCAUCAUCGCCCCCUCUGUUAAAUACAAAAAAGAGUCCACAGUCACGAUUCAAUAGAGAAAGUCUCUUCUCUCGCAGGAAGGCCACUGGGCUGUGCGUCAGGCCCGGGGGGAAAAGAGAGUUGAGGAAUGGGGAACUGGGGCCACCGUGAGGCAGAGGAAAGCCCCUCAAGAAGGAAGCAUCCCGACUGCGGAGAGCGUAUGCCAACACAGGCCAAGAAGCUUCUUCCUUCUGGGGGUACUGUUGGGGUUCCCACCGCAGCCGGGUCGGGCCCCCGUUCCCUAUACCGGGAAGAGAUAUUUGAAUGGUGGUACUUCCAUAAGCACGGCACAUCUUUUAUUGAGCAAGUAUCUGUAAGCCAUUUGCGACCACUGAUGGGAGGAACAGAAGGCAGCAUUUCAGAGCCAGGUUCUCCUUCCAGCAGCAGAGAAAGUGAAACCAGCAGACAGAAUUUGUCAGAAUGCAAGGUAUGGAGAAAUCCUCUAAAUCUUUUCAGAGGAGCAGAAUAUAGGAGAUACACUUGGGUGACUGGUAAAGAGCCACUUACAUACUAUGACAUGAAUUUGUCAGCUCAGGACCAUCAGACCUUUUUCACCUGUGACACGGACUUUUUACGUCCUUCAGACACAGUUAUGCAGAAGGCAUGGAGGGAAAGAAAUCCUCCAGCUCGAAUCAAAGCAGCCUAUCAAGCUUUAGAAUUAAAUAAUGACUGUGCUACUGCAUAUGUUCUGCUGGCUGAGGAAGAAGCAACAACUAUUGUAGAUGCUGAAAGGUUAUUUAAACAGGCACUCAAGGCAGGAGAAACAAUUUACAGGCGGUCACAACAGUGCCAGCACCAAAGUCCUCAGCAUGAAGCUCAACUGAGGAGAGAUACCAAUGUACUGGUGUAUAUUAAAAGAAGACUGGCAAUGUGUGCAAGAAAAUUAGGAAGAAUAAGAGAAGCAGUAAAAAUAAUGAGAGAUUUGAUGAAAGAAUUUCCUCCUCUUACCAUGUUGAACAUCCAUGAAAAUCUCCUAGAAUCACUUUUAGAAUUACAGGCCUAUGCAGAUGUCCAAGCAGUUCUAGCAAAAUAUGAUGAUAUAAGCCUUCCAAAGUCAGCAGCCAUCUGUUAUACAGCAGCACUAUUGAAGACAAGGACUGUUUCAGAUAAAUUCUCUCCAGAAACAGCCUCCAGAAGAGGGUUAAGCACAGCAGAAAUUAAUGCUGUGGAAGCAAUUCAUAGAGCUGUGGAAUUUAAUCCUCAUGUUCCAAAAUAUUUACUAGAGAUGAAAAGUCUCAUUUUACCUCCAGAACACAUUCUGAAACGGGGCGAUAGUGAAGCAAUUGCCUAUGCUUUCUUUCAUCUUCAGCACUGGAAGCGAAUAGAAGGUGCUCUUAAUCUGUUACAGUGUACAUGGGAAGGCACUUUUAGAAUGAUUCCAUACCCACUAGAGAAAGGCCAUCUAUUUUAUCCUUAUCCCAGCUGCACAGAGACUGCUGAUAGAGAGCUAUUACCUCCGUUUCAUCAUGUUUCUGUUUACCCAAAGAAGGAGCUUCCUUUUUUCAUCCAUUUCACAGCAGGACUAUGUUCUUCUACAGCAAUGAUAGCGCUUCUCACACACCAGUUUCCUGAAAUCAUGGGUGUUUUUGCUAAAGCUGUAAGUAUGAUCUCAAGGACUUGUGCAGAGUAUUUGUAAAACACACAGGAAACCAUCUCUGAUCUGUUUGUGCUAAACCAGCUGAGCAGUGAAGAUAUUUGUUUUAGUAAAUUACAGGAAUUGAUUUGUAAAGUUGCUGCCAUAAAUAUGUCAAACAUAAGAUUUUGGUGAUUUGAGCUGUAUUUUUGUUGCUUAGAAGUUUGGAGAAUACAAUGGCAUAACAUUAUAAAGUUGGUCUUUUGCGUAGAUUACUUUUGGUGGUAAGCAUAGCCCUUGUUACUAGCUAAAGAAUAAUCCACCCCUUUUAAAUGCAUUUUCUUUGGCAUUUAAAAAAAAAUCCCUUGUUUUGUACAGAAGCCUUUUGAUUUUUCCAUUUAAAUGAAAUCAUUAGUUCUCAGGGUUUGGUGAACGUUAAAUUCAAGAAUGCAACUAGGAUGAAGAAUAAGUAGGUAAGGUAGGACAGUUGCGACAUUUGCCCUGGGUUCAGAAUGUGCCUCUUUACUCAAAAUUUCUCCCUGUUUUUAUAUCUACAUGUUCUUAUUCAUCUCCCAACCUUGUGUGUAGAGCCAUGUACAGACCUUUAUUUUUAUUUUUACCCUUUAGUUUUGAACUGCUUCCCCAUUUCCGGACCCAGGUCCAGAAAGUAUUUGAGGACUGAUACUAGAGAGAGUAUCCCAUGAUUAUUUACUUUUCUACAUAAACCUGUUAAUUAAUGUCACUGGCUCAAAGCAAAAUUACCAAAGAUAUGUAUGUCCCUGUAAGUCUCCAAACCUUUUAAAAAAAUGUGUCUUGUA